AUAAAGGAACCAGUUUUUAAAAAUAAAGAAAAGGAACGGCUACUCUAAAUUGUGAAAUGAGUAGCAAUGAUGUUUUUGUUUCCGGUUGACGUUGCAGCGUAAACAAAAUAAAAUGACCAGUACAAAUGCUUUAAUGGAGGAAUCAGAUGUUACUUUAAAUUUUGGGGAGGAAGAUGACAUUGAGAACAAAAACAAAAGAUUGAAACACCCUGUUGCUGUUUUCUUUCACCUCUUCUUCCGCGCAUCUGCCUUGGUUGCUUAUCUUUUAUGUGGUUUGUUCAGUUCCAGUUUCAUUACAAAUUUUGUGGUCAUAAUUCUCUUACUUUGUAUGGACUUCUGGACGGUAAAAAACGUGACAGGUAGAUUAUUAGUGGGCUUGAGAUGGUGGAAUUAUGUGGAUGAGAAAGGUGAAAGCCGUUGGGUUUAUGAAUCAAGAAAGGGCUCAGGUUCUAUCAAAAUUUCAGCAGCUGAGUCAAGAAUAUUUUGGUUGUCCCUUGUAAUAUGUCAACUAUUAUGGGUUAUAUUUUUCUUUGCUGCUAUAUUUCAAUUAAGCUUCAAGUGGUUUAUGGUGGUGGUUGUUGGAUUUCUAAUGAAUGGAGCCAAUUUGUAUGGCUAUGUAAAGUGUAGAGUUGGUGCAAAGAAGAAUUUGACAUCAGUAGCAUCUAGUUUCUUAUCAACGCAAUUGUUCAAAUCUAUGUUAUCUUCAGCCACAGCAAAAGCAACAGAUGAAGGUUCAACCAAAACUCCGAAUUAAAGCCUGCUUAGAAAAAACAAAACAAGAACCCUAACUUUGCCUGCUCAGAAACAAACAGGAACAUUAAUUCAGUUUUGUGUGUAUUCCUGAUGGGUAACUAGAACAAUUUUCUGAUAUCUGUGUCAGAGAAAUCCUUUUUACAAUUACUGACUGCUAUGUUCUUGUCAAUGGAAUUCAGCAAAGGUGACUCAUUUUUGAUAUUGCAGAGAAAUCAAGUUUUACAAGCAAUGUAUUUUGUUUCAUUUGUGUAUUUGAAUCAUAACUUAAGUCUUGGUCAUUACUAAAUGUUCUGUAUGUAUAUAUAUAUAUUAUAUUUUCAACACUUUGUUUACUGAAUAAUAUUUAAAUAGUUAUUUAUAAAGGCAAUUUUUAAAAUUUUUUCAAGCUCUGCAUGACUUAAACAUUGUUUAUUUGAACAAGUUUUCACCAACAAGCAACAUAGGCUUUGUAGGAAAUAAUAGAAAACCUUUCCAAAAAUAAAUCAAAUAGCUAAUUUUUUGUGUCUGAUGUAACUAGAUAAAAAGUUUAUUAUGUCAACAAACAUCAACAUGAUUGUUCUAAUUUGUCUUUAACAAAAGAAUUUUUUUUUUACCUUCUCAUAAUAUAUAAUUUUUAAAGAAAAAAAUCUUUUUGUAAAUAGGCAAAACCAUUUUUUAAAGUAAUUUACAGCACAGAAUGUGAUGCUAAAAUUUUUUCUUAUGGUCUUGGGUUUGGGUUACGACAAAAAUGUAUUAGUUAAAGGUUCUAGUAAAGAGGUGCUCUUAUUAAAUAUUCCUGGUUUUGCACAAGUGUGAUAUAUUCUUUACUCAACAAUUUGCAUGCAUUCUAAAAAAAAAAAAAAUUAAAAAAUCCCAUUGUACAAAAAAAUUUUUUUUGUUUGAUUACAUUCCAUUAGUAUUUAAAUAUUUGUUUUAAUUGAAAUUUCUUUUUUUACUGUCACUAAUCAUGGUCAAACUUUAUGAUGAAGCUGAUAAGGGUUCAUCUAUUUAGGGUUAUUACUUUCUUUGGUAUAAAUUUUGUUUAAUAAUUAAAAUAUUUAUGAAUGUAAGGAUUAUAUAAUCAAUAAGGAACAGCACAAUUGUGUGACAGAGUGUACACAUUUUCAAAUUGGAACUUCCCAAGUUAAUUUGCAGGCUAGAUUCCAAAGAAUUUUCCCAAGUUUAUGUCUCACCUGACCAUCAGGAGAGAAAGGAAACUUAAUUUUUAUUAAUCAGACUAUAACAUGUAUGCAUCAGACUAUAAUGUAUGUGACUUAAAAACAAUUGCACAUUAAAAAUGUUUAAAACAGUAAAGAUGAAAAAAUUCAAGAACUGUCUCCCCUUAUUUGGUCCCGUAGUUUAAUUUUAAAAGUUUGUCGAUUAGUUUUGUUUUAACUACUGGACCAAACUUCUGUUUUAAUAAAGAUUCAUUGAAAAUUAUUAACUACAGGUUUAUUUUGAAGUUGAAUAGUUGGUGAUUGAGGUGCAGAUAAAAAAUAAAUUUUGCUGAUAAAUUUUUUCUUUCUUUCUAAACAUACACAAAAAUGAUUUGAACAAAUAAUUUUUAACAGUGAAAUCUUAACGAGAAAAUAAAUUUGAAUUAAUGAAGUUGAGGUUGCUCUUUAGAACUCUCUUGCUAUUAAGAUGUUUUCAGUAAUGGAAAAAUCAUUUAUGCUUAAUGUUUAAGCCUGUGAAUGCUUGAUAAUGAUGUUGAAUUUUAAAUACAUCUUUCUAUUUCAAUUUUUUUAUUGUGCUUAAGUUAACUGAGUAUAACUGCCAUUUAUAUAAAUAAAAUUAUGAAUGUUUACUGUGAUGCAGUAGGUUCUGUAAAUAAAUAAUGGGU